AUGUUCUUUGUUGGCUCCGUAGUGGUUUCGACUUUUCUGGGAUGUAAAAGAAAUGGCCCUGUUGAAUAUGGCACUUCUUCGCAGCACCAAAAAGCAGCGUUAUCUGGAGCACAGCGAAUACUCCCACAAGCAGAGCCUCUCGUCGUUCGUGCAGAACGACGGUCGCCAGGUUUGCGACAUGGACAGCAAUCGAUUGGACACCGCAUUCUCAGUGUACAGACGUCCGGGUCGGAAAUCGCCAAGAGUGUGUACACCCGGCGCAUCCGAUGGCAAUACUGCUCCACUUCUGUCGCAGUCGUGUCGUUUGUCUUGCGAAAAUUUCUCUUCAACAUGGCUACCAGGUUGCAAACUGAUGUCGUGACCAGAGCUCAGUCUCUGCAGAUUCUCAAACAUACAUUGAACCUUGGCGUGUCCUCCAUACUGUACCUGCGGAAUUGCUUCGAAGAGGAUGCUUUCCAACCCUUGCAGUUUCAAGGUCUGCACCUCAGGCAACUUAAGCCAGUAAAUGCCAAGGCGAAGAGGAUACUAGGGUGGCUUCAAGAUGCAGUCAAUGAUUCACUUCAGCAGGAAUACCUUGAGCACCUUUCUCUCGGCAUUCACUGCAGAACAACCGAUAAACUUCUGGAAUGCUAUCAGUUUCACUUCACCUACACAGGCGAUGAAGCUGGAGUGUCUGUCACUGUCAGAAAGGGCAAUGCACGCGCCUUUGAGCAGGUUGGAUCCCGGUUGGCUUGUGUCACGAAAGAAGAGGCAAAGAGGCAAACAGAACUGCUUCUCCGGUCAAUGUGCUGCCUGACACAAUCUCUUGAACAUCUGCCGGACGAGCAUUACGUUUCGAUGACACUUGCGUACAAUGGAAAGACUCCUGCCGAGUACAAAUGCGAGGGUUUUGCACUGACAGAAUCUCCCGUCACCUUCGGCAACGACGUUCCUCUCGAUGCACUAACCGGAGAAAUCAGAACCGGUUACCAUGCAUUGACAGUUCGAAUCCAGACCGUUUGUGACUCGGAAGACACCUAUUUUUUGGAGUGGGAAACUGUGGACCAAAAGGAAGAUGCACUGAAGCAACACUUAAAGGCUUACGCAGUUCAGACAGGAAUCACCGACUGCAAAGAACUUGCCGAAAAACUUGACCUCCCGGUCUCCGUUGCGGAGGCGGCUUUUGCCGAGCUGCAGCAGCAAGACAUCCGCUUCAAGGAGAGAACUGACCCUCCUGUGAAUGAGCGUCUUCGAAGUGGAGUGCGUCCGUAUAAAGAGAGACGUGACUCAAGCUCAUUGGCUGGUGAUGCGGAUGAGCCAGCAAGGACUGCAAAAGACCGCGAUAACGGCAAAUCGUUGCGAGAUGGCAUUGAAGCACGCGGCGAAGCUGCUGCCGUGGUGGAGACUUACGAUGUGAUUCCGCUGCUGCGGUCAUCCGAGGAACUGCCGAAACGCUACAGGCAUGUGACUAAGGACAUUAUUGCUAGUUCAUGUGCUGUGUCGGACGCAGUGGGCAAGGAGCUUCUCAAGCACCUUAUCCAACAAGGCCUUGUAAAGGCGAGACCGUCACGUGGUAGAGGCCACGAGUCGACUGUCUACGCAUCCCCCGCGGGUCGGAUGCUUAAGACAGAUUUGGCAGCACGAAAGCGUCAGACUGUUUCUAACAAGAAGGAGCAACCAAUUCGCGUCGGGAUGCUUAGUCGAAAAAAAAGGACCAAGUGUUCCCGCCCCUAACAGCUCGUCUUGUGCCUUGCUUUGUCUGCCGCUCUGUGCUCUAAACUCCGAGAGAGGGCCAUAUGUGGUGCCGGCCCUACAUUAUCGUGCAGCUUUCACCCCUUCAGUCCGCCGAUGCCUAUAGAACGAGUUCAGCCUGCCCUGGAUGACUUCGUUUCUAUCAUAAACGUUAAACGCUGUAUCUCCUUUCCCACAAUUGGCUCCGGGGCUCCACUAGUUGUCGACUCCGUCUUCAGUCGGAUUUGAGUGAGAUGUGCAACAACCCACGCAUCUUCGAGUAUGUGAACACCUGUGCAAGAAAGCAACACGGGUAUCUUUGGCCAUUGAAUGACGAUUCCGAGUUCCGCCCAUGUGUUGUGACUAAUCAAUAGCACUUUCGGACAACAGCAAAUGCAGUGCUGGGCGAAUCGCUGGGCAGCACACCCGUCUCUUGGGCAAAAGCAGCGGAUGUUUAUCCACUUCAGUUACCGGAGCAGUGUUUUGUGCAUGUGAAGACGCGUUCCGCUGCUGUUCCCCGGUAGUAAAUGAAAGGGCAGUUGAUA